GUGAUUGUUGACCACAGGUUCAGGCAAGGCAACGCCGGGUGUCAUUUUGCUUACUCAGUUGUACCAGCCAAACAGCCCGCACAGCUACCUGACUCCUUCCCUUUCAUCAUCAGUCCCGCCAACAGCGAAGAAUUGAGCGGCGGGAGAUAAGACUCGCAGUGGGCGGAGGGCUGAGCUAUUCUCUCUCUCUCUCUCUCUCUCUCGAUCUCUCGAUGGAGUCUACCAUCUCCAAAUCCCUCGUCAGCACCUUCCCUCUCAAUCCUCUCAUACUCCGCCUCCAUCGCCGCCUCUCCCGGGCCCCGCCGCAGCGCCUCAGCUUCCCCAGCCGCCUCAUUGCUCACCGUCUCAGCUGCAUCUACAGCAACCGCUUCCGCCGGCUUAGCUUCGAUUCUGUACCGGCUCCACCUCCCGCUUCCUCCUCCGUUCACAGCAGGACUCCCGCUGUCCCUUCCAGAAGCCUGCGUUGCAUUUCUAGCUCCUCCUCUCCGUUUGCGUCCGCCGGUGGCAAUGGCGGCGGUUUUGGAGGAGAGAGCGGCGGAGGAGGUGGCGGCGGCGGAGGUGGAUCCGACAGUGGAGACGCAAAGCCAAAACCUGUGGCGGCUGCAGAUGAAGAGGCCUCGGCUCUCCCUUCCAAUGUCAUUAUACUUGAUGUUGGAGGAAUGACGUGUGGAGGAUGUGCGGCGAGCGUGAAGAAGAUCCUAGAAAACCAGCCACAAGUGUCUUCUGCCACAGUCAAUCUCACAACAGAGACAGCGGUUGUAUGGCCUGUAUCUGAAGCCAAGGCUGUGCCUAACUGGCAGAAAGAGUUGGGAGAGGCACUUGCUGAGCAUUUGACUAAUUGCGGCUUCUCAUCUUCUCUCCGAGACGCAAAGGGGGACAACUUCUUCAAGAUUUUCGAGAGGAAGAUGGAGGAAAGGCAUGGGCGCCUGAAAGAAAGCGGUCGGCAGCUGGUGGUCUCAUGGGCAUUAUGUGCAGUUUGCCUCUUAGGGCAUUUCUCUCAUUUUCUGGGGACUAAAACUGCUUGGCUCCAUGUGAUUCAUUCCACAGGCUUCCAUCUCUCCUUAUCACUUUUCACACUAAUUGGCCCUGGGCGUCAACUUAUUGUUGAUGGUGUGAAAAGCCUUUUAAAGGGUGCUCCAAAUAUGAAUACAUUAGUGGGUCUUGGAGCUUUAUCAUCUUUUUCUGUCAGUGCCUUGGCAGCAUUCGUUCCAAAACUGGGUUGGAAGGCCUUCUUCGAGGAACCCAUUAUGCUAAUAGCAUUUGUCUUAUUAGGGAGAAACCUUGAACAGAGAGCGAAAAUUAAAGCCACGAGUGAUAUGACUGGACUUUUGAGCAUUUUACCUUCAAGAGCACGCUUGUUGGUCGGUGGUGAUGAAGAAAAACUGGGCUCAACAGUGGAAGUUCCAUGCAACAGUCUGUCUAUUGGAGAUCGAAUUGUAAUUCUCCCUGGAGACCGCGUGCCUGUGGAUGGAGUUGUGACUGCUGGUAGAAGUACUGUGGACGAGUCUAGUUUCACUGGAGAGCCAUUGCCAGUGACAAAAUUACCUGGGAGUCAAGUUGUUGCGGGAUGCAUUAACCUCAACGGAACUCUAACAGUUGAAGUCCAAAGACCAGGAGGUGAGACUGCCAUGGCAGAUAUAGUUCGUUUGGUGGAAGAAGCUCAGAAUAGGGAAGCUCCUGUACAGCGGCUUGCUGAUAAGGUCUCUGGACAUUUUACAUAUGGAGUGAUGGCACUCUCUGCCGCCACAUUUAUGUUCUGGAACCUGUUUGGUUCACAAGUUCUACCGCCCACUUUUCAUCAAGGAAAUCCACUUUCCCUGGCCUUGCAGCUUUCUUGCAGUGUUCUGGUGAUCGCUUGUCCAUGUGCUCUAGGCUUAGCCACUCCUACGGCUGUGCUUGUUGGGACUUCACUUGGAGCAACAAGAGGAUUGCUUCUACGGGGAGGAGAUAUUUUGGAGAAGUUCUCAAUGGUGAACACUAUUGUGUUUGACAAAACUGGGACCCUGACAGCUGGCAAGCCUGUCGUGACAAAGGUUGUGACUCCUGGAGCCACUGAUCUAAGACAAAAUUCAACUCCUUGGUCAGAGGUUGAAAUUCUCCAGUUAGCUGCUGCAGUUGAAUCAAAUACGGUUCAUCCUGUUGGCAAAGCAAUAAUAGAUGCUGCUCAGGCUUCUAACUGCCCAAAAAUUAAGGUCGUUGAUGGCACAUUCACGGAAGAACCUGGUUCUGGAGCAGUAGCAUUUAUCGAAGACAAAAAAGUCUCUGUUGGAAACUUAGAGUGGAUUCGGAGAAACGGUGUCCACGAGGAUCUAUAUGGGAUGGAGCCCAAAAAUCAAUCUGUUGUCUAUGUUGGAGUAGAUAAUAAUCUUGCUGGUCUCAUAUAUAUUGAGGAUCAGAUAAGAGAAGAUGCAGGGCAAGUUGUAGAGACUUUGGCCCGCUGUGGCAUUGAUGUGUUCAUGCUGUCUGGGGACAAGAAAAGUACUGCUGAAUAUGUUGCCUCAGUUGUUGGGAUUCCUAAAGACAAGGUGCUGUCUGGGGUUAAACCAGAUCAAAAGAAGAGAUUUAUCAGCGGGCUACAGCAAGACCAGAAAAUAGUCGCCAUGGUUGGUGAUGGAAUUAAUGAUGCUGCGGCACUUGCUUCAUCGGAUAUUGGAAUUGCAAUGGGAGGAGGUGUUGGAGCUGCAAGUGAGGUGUCCUCUGUCGUGUUGAUGGGAAAUAGGCUCUCACAGUUGCUCGAUGCUUUGGAACUCAGCAGGCUAACUAUGAAAACCGUGAAGCAAAAUCUUUGGUGGGCCUUUGCGUACAACAUCGUUGGGAUCCCGAUUGCUGCAGGGAUGUUGCUGCCAAUAACAGGGACCAUGCUCAGUCCAUCUAUUGCCGGGGCUCUGAUGGGCUUGAGUUCAGUAGGUGUCAUGGCAAAUUCGCUGCUCCUGCGGCUUAGAUUUUCUUCACCACAGAGGAAUGAGCAUCAGUCAAGUUUGGUCAUCAAAUCUGAUUCGAGCUCUGAUCUCGAAGGCCAAAAGGAGAGGACAGACAAGAGCUUCUCUGGUGCUACGUGGAAAGGAACUUGAUGCAGCAUAUGGAAAUCUGCAUCCUUAACUGCGGGUAGGAACAUAGAAGGUUCAUUCCAAAACUAGGACUUGCCUGGGCUGAUGCCUGAUGGGCAGGCCGAGAACUCAUGCUGAGCGGACCGAUCAAAAUAAACUUAUAUGCCCCAAGCCUUCCCGGAGCCCACAGUCUUUCCAUCACGGUAAAAUUCAUUCUUGGGUGGGGGUGGCGCCUGGCCCCUGGCCCCGUGGCUCAUCUUACAGGGCCGAAUGAGCUUUUACUUUGAACUGAUGUACAAAAGCACACGAUUAAAUUGAUCUUUCUGAUGCUCUAUUCUAGGGUAUCUCCAUCAUCGGAGUAUCAGACCAUUAUAUUGGCUGCA